AUGCGGGGUUUUGCUCCGCUCUCCUCUCCCUCUCUCAUCUCCAUCUCCCUUCGUCCUCAUCAUCACCAUCUUCCCGCCAUGACACCAUCCCCCUCACCAGCCUCAGCCUCAACAUCCGCCCUCCCUCCCCCAUCCUCGGACCGCAAACCCAAACGCAAACGCGUCUCUCGAGCGUGCGACCAAUGCUUCCUCAAAAAGGACCGAUGCGACGGUCUCCAACCCAUCUGCACCUUCUGCACCACCCUCUCGCGCACGUGCACCUACGAUCGACCCGAACGAAAACGCGGUCCCACCCAAGGACUGAGGCCUAGACUGGAAGCGCGCAUCGCUGCGCUCGAGACGGUGUUGGGGUUUGUGCUGGAGCGUAAUGAAGUGGAUGUGGGAGGGUUGAAAGGUGCGGGAGAGGGGGAGAGGGAGAAGUGGAGGAAGAACUGGUGGAAGAGUACCGUGAGGGAAGGGUUGGAGCGCGAAUUUGGGUUGCGAGAAGAUCUCGUCUCGAACACCGCAGCGGGAUUGGUGGGGAAUGAAGUCAAACUGGAUCGAAUCGACAAAGUCGACGAUGAAUCGGACCAGGAUUCAGACGUAGACCUUGCCCUCCCCCCCACGCAUCAACCCCCCUCCUCCUCCUCCAUCACCGCUACCGCCAUCUCCCCACCCAAAACGACCACAACCACCACCACCACCUCCAAUCCCACCAACAACGACGACGAGAUCUCAGACUCGGACUCCGAAUCCCACUUCGCCAUCCCCCUCCUCUCCUCCGGAAUCGGAGGCUCCUCCCUCAACCGCGGUCUGGUUCCACGCGGUGCAGAUCCCAACGCCGCACUCGGCGGAUUCGAGAUCGAAUUCGGCGGAAAUCAGACCGACGAGGAUUGGGUCAGAAGCUUCGUCCCUCCCAAACACAGAGGUCGACACGAGCAGAGAGGGUCACGCUAA